CAGGGAUGAGGAGCCGGCAGCGGAUGUUUGCAGCGGUGAUGCGCCUGCUCCUCAAGUGCCUGCGGCUGGGCCGGCGGCGGCGGUUUAAGCUGGUGCGGCAGGUGGAGCAGCUGUGGCACUACGGGCACCUCUGCCUCCACUCCCUGCUCUACAACUCCUUCACCAACGGUGACGUGGUGCUCGACUCCCUCUUCGAGCCCAUCUACUGGCUGGUGGACCACGUCACCCGGUGGUUCGGCGUGGUGUUUGUGGCACUGGUGAUCGGGCUGACGAGCUCCAUUGUGGCCAUCGUGUACAUCUGCCUGCUGCCCCUCAUCCUGCAGACCUACACGCCUGCCUGGAUCUGCUGGCACCUCGCCUACGGACACUGGAACCUCAUCAUGAUCGUCUUCCACUACUACAUGGCCAUCACCACGUCGCCCGGGUACCCACCGCAGGCCAAGGACGACCUCACCGGCGUCUCCAUCUGCAGGAAAUGCAUUGCCCCCAAGCCAGCUCGCACCCACCACUGCAGCAUCUGCAACAGGUGCGUGCUGAAGAUGGACCACCACUGCCCCUGGCUAAACAACUGCGUGGGACACUACAACCACCGCUACUUCUUCUCCUUCUGCCUGUUCAUGACCAUGGGCUGCAUCUACUGCAGCAUCAGCGGCUGGGAGAUGUUCCGGGACGCCUACACAGCCAUCGAGAGAAUGAAACUGCUUGAGAAGGAGACACUGGAGGUGGCUGCCAACCAGACGUACUACCAGACCCCGCCGCCCACCUUCUCCUUCCGCCAGCGAGCUUUCCACAAGAGCGUGGUCUACCUCUGGGUCCUGUGCAGCUCGGUUGCGUUGGCCCUGGGUGCCCUCACGCUGUGGCACGCCGCCCUCAUCACCCGUGGGGAAACCAGCAUCGAGCGGCACAUCAACAAGAAGGAGAGGCAGAGGCUGCAGAAGAAAGGCAAGGUCUUCAGGAACCCCUACAGUUACGGUGGCUGGGAUAACUGGAAGGUGUUCCUGGGUGUGGACGUGCCAAGGCACUGGCUCACCCGCGUCCUGCUGCCCUCUCCUCACCUGCCCCACGGGACGGGCCUGAGCUGGGACCUGCCUCCCUGCGUGGCCGAGCAGCGCGCCCCGCUCCUGGCCAUCUGA